AUGGAGGAAACUCUGGGUUCCGGGUUCGACAAUAUUCGCGUCGCUGCCAUGUCACCGACAAGUUUGUCGCCCCGAAUGACCAUCUCGCCGGUAUCAAUUCAUGCCGUCACAGACGUGGCGAGACCAUCUUUUAUACAGAUGGCGGAAACCGAGGCUACGAUGGAUUCGGGAGAGUUAGCGUCCAUCUACAAUACGUCCAAUGUGCGCUCUCGGCCUAGUAAUCUUGCUCCUGCGAAUCCCAGUGAAAGCAGCUAUUUCAAUCAUAGUACAUCCUUUAGCCAAGAGACAUACGUCAACUCGCAUGAGGCACUUUUUUCGCAGUCUCUGGCCGGUUCCGACGUGUCUUCCGCAUCCGUAACUGAUUCUACUCAACAUCUGGCUGGGCAAAUAGAAACCAACAAGGACUUCGAACACGGGCUACAUGCUACUGUAUGGCAUGACGUGCUAUAUCCAGAGAUUCCGUCGCCCCAUAGUGACUCCGAUGGUUACGAAAGCGAUCCAGAUGACACCCGGAAAUUCUAUACGGAAGUAGAGUCGUAUUUUGCAAUUGGAGAUGACGAAUAUGAUACCGACGACUCGGAAUACUACGAUACAGAUGAUGAAUAUGAAUCUUCCAGUACGGGACAGAUGUUGACAUCUAUCAGCCGCUAUGAUCAUCGCUUUCAUCGCUACUGGACUGCGGAACAGUCCGAGUUCGCUGACGAUCAUUUUGAUGCACAUAUGCAAACUACACAAGAACGGAAUUUCACAGUCGACGAGUUCAUUCAACGCUGGCUACAUGCGUCACUCUCAAAUAGCCCUCAUAUUCCACCUCACUUUCCUGGCCCGUCACUGGAGGCUGCGAAUGUCUCGGAGUGGAUAAGACCCGAGAAAAUAGCUCGGCCUUCAACCCUAGGUUGUGAUGACUUCUAUGACAUCCAACAGAUUCCGUGGCGAUCAAAGCUUGGUGUACGCCGGGAAGAUGCUCGUAUACUGCGUGAUGCGUGGUAUCAUCCAUAUACCAAUCUCGACUUCUCUAAAUAUGAUCACGCUUAUACACUACCAAAGUUGGAACGGUAUUUUAGCGCAAGGGCCUUAUACACGGACUUCAAGGCUACAAUCGAGCACUUUCAGUUACGGAAUCUCAUGGCUGUCACCUCGUUCAAUACCGUACAAUUUGCACAUGAAUCACAAUUGCUGACAUGGACACCUGAUUACAAGGACGUGAGAUGUAUCAUGGAUCUUUCGCGACCCCCAGUUGAAAGCGGAUUCCAAGGCUCAGUCAAGAUCUCAACGAUGCAAGCAAAACAUGGAAUUUCUGUUGCGGGCGGCUUCUCUGGAGAAUAUUGCAUGCAUGUUAGUGGAGGCCAGGGUGAGAAUACGUGUGGAUUUGUUACUCAUGAUGCCAACGGAAUCACCAACCACAUCGAUAUAAUCCGAAACCGUACCGGCACCUCGCCCAUGAUUGUUUUUGCUUCUAAUGACCAGCACAUUCGAAUUCUGAACUGUUUCAGAAACCAAUUCAUUUCAGAUCAUGAGUUGCCCAUACCCGUUAACUGUUCGGAAACGUCAGCCGAUGGCCGCCUGCGCAUUGUUGUUGGCGACUCAACGGAAUCUCUUGUUCUUGAAGCCGACAGUGGUCGUACACUUCGGCAACUCCCCGGCCAUCAUGACUUUGGCUUUGCGUGCGCCUGGUCUCCAGAUAUGCUUCAUAUAGCCACUAGCAAUCAAGACAGAACAGUGAACAUCUGGGAUGUACGUAUGUGGCGGCUCCUUCAGAGCAUGAACUCCGACCGUGCUUGUUACCGCUCGCUACGAUUUUCUCCCGUUGGCGGUGGACCACGCACACUUUUGAUGUGCGAACCAGCAGACCGUAUCUCUAUUGUAAAUGCUACAACGUACGAGACGCGACAAGUGCACGACUUUUUUGGCGAAAUUGGAGGUGCGGAUUAUACAUCAGACGGCGAAUCGGUCUGGGUUGCUAACACAGAUGAGAGUUUUGGUGGCUUUAUGAGAUUUGACCGUAUGCAGCACGCUCAAAAGUACUCGUCGUCUGGUGCGUCUUCAAAAAACCGUGACAUCGGUAGAUACGAACAAGAUGAAACGACGAGAUUCGCGCCUGGCUGGUACUCUAAUCUGCCACAUGAAUGGAUCAGCGAGGCUAACAUAGAGACUGAUUUGCGGUCGGUUCUCAGCCAACGUGAAAGGGAUUUUCGAUUUUUGAACGGGUUGAGUGAUGACACGAGAGAUCAUCUAUUAUUAUAA